AUGCAGCAUUCCCUGCUGCUGAGUGGUGUGACUGCUACUAUGCUUCAACGGCAAGAUAGCAAGGCAGAGCAGCUCCGGCAGGAUGGCGCAGCACAGCAGCUCCAUCAAUCGGUGGUUGCGGCUGCAAGGCUGUGGAGAUCACGGGGUCAUCUGGCAGCUGUUCUGCAAUUCUAG